GGACAGUGGUCAGCACGCUCUUCCUCUUCCACAUCGACGUGUCAGGCGAAGAAAGUCCAAAAUAUAAAAAAUAUACGUUUUCUGCCUGUUUUCUGAGCCCCACAAAAUUCAGAGGCUGCCAGUAGUUCAUACCCCACGCCACCUACACACAUACCACCAGCAAGAUGGUUCUAGCGGACUUGGGGCGGAAGAUAACCACCGCGCUGCACUCGCUCAGCAAGGCGACGGUCAUCAACGAGGAGGCGCUCAAUGCGAUGCUCAAGGAGAUUUGCGCCGCCCUCCUGGAGGCGGACGUGAACAUCCGGCUGGUGAAGCAGCUGCGCGAGAAUGUGCGCGCCGUGAUUGACUUCGAUGAGAUGGCCGGCGGCCUCAACAAGCGCCGCAUGAUCCAGUCUGCCGUUUUCAAGGAGCUCGUCAAGCUGGUGGAUCCCGGGGUGAAGCCCUACCAGCCCAUCAAGGGCAAGGCGAACGUGAUCAUGUUCGUGGGCCUGCAGGGCUCCGGAAAGACAACCACGUGCACCAAGCUGGCCUAUCACUACCAAAAGCGCAACUGGAAGUCGUGCCUCGUGUGCGCGGACACCUUCCGUGCCGGCGCCUAUGACCAGAUCAAGCAGAACGCCACCAAGGCGCGCAUCCCCUUCUACGGCAGCUACACGGAAAUCGACCCAGUGGUCAUCGCCCAGGAGGGCGUCGACAUGUUCAAGCGCGAGGGCUUCGAGAUGAUUAUCGUGGACACAUCGGGUCGGCACAAGCAGGAGGAGUCGCUGUUCGAGGAGAUGUUGGCGGUGUCGAAUGCCGUCAGUCCCGACAAUAUUAUAUUCGUGAUGGACGCCACCAUUGGGCAGGCUUGUGAGGCCCAGGCGAAGGCCUUCAAGGACAAGGUGGACAUCGGUUCGGUGAUCAUCACCAAGUUGGACGGCCAUGCCAAGGGAGGAGGUGCCUUGUCAGCCGUGGCUGCCACUCAGUCGCCAAUCAUUUUCAUCGGCACGGGCGAGCACAUCGAUGACCUGGAGCCUUUUAAGACGAAACCCUUUGUGAGCAAGCUGCUCGGCAUGGGCGACAUCGAGGGUCUGAUAGAUAAGGUCAAUGAGCUGAAGCUGGACGGCAACGAGGAGCUCCUCGAGAAGAUCAAGCACGGCCACUUCACCAUCCGUGACAUGUACGAACAGUUCCAGAACAUCAUGAAGAUGGGUCCUUUUUCGCAGAUCAUGAACAUGAUACCCGGCUUCUCGCAGGACUUCAUGACCAAGGGCGGUGAACAGGAGUCGAUGGCGAGAAUCAAGCGCAUGAUGACCAUGAUGGACAGCAUGUCGGACAACGAACUGGACAACCGAGACGGAGCGAAGCUGUUCAGUAAGCAGCCCAACCGCAGCAUUCGCGUGGCCCAAGGCGCUGGCGUCCUGGAGCGCGAGGUCAAGGAGCUGAUUGCCCACUACACCAAGUUUGCGGCGGUGGUGAAGAAGAUGGGCGGCGUCAAGGGCCUGUUCAAGCAGGGCGAUAUGACCAAGAACGUGAAUCCCAACCAGAUGGCCAAGCUCAACCAGCAGAUGGCCAAGAUGAUCGAUCCGCGAAUGCUGCAGCAGAUGGGCGGCGUGGGCGGUCUCCAGAACAUGAUGCGACAGCUCCAGCAGGGAGCGGCGGGCGGACUGGGCGGCCUGGGGAACCUGAUGGGAGGCUUCGGCGGCAAGUGAGCCAGCUGAUAAUGGUGUGUAAAUUUAACGAUUUUUAUAUAUGAUUUUGUUUCCGCGUAGUUCGUAAUUUGUUAGCCAUUGUUUCCAUUUGUCCAAGGCCACAAAAAUUGAUAUCGGAUGUGGGACCGAAUAUAGCGUAUAGCGAAUAUAGCCUAUGUCCAAACAGUUAACAAAUUCGGUUUUGUACGGCUCCACAGCAGCCACAGUGUCAGUUUUUAUAGUUUAAACAGUUUUCUGUACACGAACUAAUGGAAUUUGCAUAUGCCUAUCAGAAAACCCGAAUGGCAGUUGAACUAGAUAUAAAACAAUAAAUAAAUAUAAAUUGAAA